GCCGCUAAACAAACCUUACAUUACCAUAUACACCCUCACCACAAAAUCCAAAUUCCAAUCCUAUCCCCUGGUGUCAAUCGCAUUCUUCUUCAUCCCCAAUCCCCUGAACCCUAUUCAAAGCAGCCAUUGACGAUCGCUCCGAGUUCGCUCACCAACAUCUCCAUCCUCAUCUCGAUGUUGCUGUGAACAACAAGAAGAAGAAGAACAAACCACGAUGACUUCUUCUUCUUCUUCUUUGGGCACGAUCAACAUCGCUGCAAGUGCUCAGAAACUCGAUGUCGAUAACCGAAUCGCUCUCCGUUUCUACUUCCGGAUCGCCGAUAACAUCCUCCGUCAGGCUGAUAUCUUUCGUGCGGAGAAGAAUAUUAUUGACCUAUAUGUCAUGCUUCUAAGAUUUUCUAGUUUGGUGACUGAGACAAUACCGCGUCACCGAGAUUAUAGAUCAUCUCCACAGAGCAGGAAAGAAUCAUUGAGAAAGAAAUUGUUAAUAUCUUUGAGUGAACUGGAGAAGUUGAAACCACUGGUCCUACAGAAGAUCAAUGAGCUUAACAGCAGACAUGUAUACCAACAAAAUGGGAGGGGGAAAAUUCAUUCAAAUAAUUCAGUAGCAGCUUUUUCACCUGUGAAAAAGCAAACUUUGGCUAGUUAUGGCCAAAUAAAGACAGUCAGACCAACGGCGAGGGAGUUUGUUUACCAAGGAUCAGGUGGCCAACAGUACUCUUAUGUCAGGCCUGUGGAGGAGCAAGUGCGAAGACUAUCUCUAACUCUGCCUCCUCCAAAGGAAGAAACUCUCUCUAGACAUUCUAUCCUUGGUCCCAAUGGGCUCAACGGGCAGUGGCGGCCACCUACUACUGAUAAAGGGGUCAGGUAUCCAACCAAUAUAGAUCUGUCUCCAGUUGACAUACCAAGAACACACAGCCUACAACAUUCCUUGGAAGAUGAAUCUCUGAAUAAAAAGGAUAAUAGCAUUGCAGAACCCUAUAAAUCAGAUUUAGAUUCAAUUCUUACCCAGAGUGAGGACAGCCAGCCCCAGCAAGCUCAGGAACCUCCUUCUCUUAUCUCUUUUGAGGCGAUAGAAACCCCUGCUCGAAUAGAAGUUAUCAGACAGCCUUCUCCUCCACCUGUACUUGCUGAAGUGCAAGAUUUGGUCCCUGCAGUGUCACCUCAAGUUAAUGAGGCAGGAUGUUUGACAGAUAUUCCAUCAUCUGAUAGUUUUGUUCGUGCUGAGUCUCCUCUGCAAUUGCACAUUUCAACUGCUAUGAUGGACAGUUUUAUGAAGCUUGCCAAGUCGAAUACUAAGAAAAAUUUAGAGACUUGUGGUAUUCUUGCUGGCGUACUUAAAAACAGGAAAUUUUAUAUUACUGCUCUGAUAAUCCCAAAACAGGAGUCUACAUCAGAUUCUUGUCAGGCUACAAAUGAAGAAGAAAUAUUUGAAGUGCAGGAUAAACGAUCUCUUUUCCCCCUUGGGUGGAUCCAUACACAUCCUACACAAUCUUGUUUCAUGUCAUCGAUUGAUCUGCACACCCAUUAUUCAUAUCAGAUUAUGCUGCCAGAAUCUGUUGCUAUCGUCAUGGCGCCCAAAGAUAGUUCAAGAAACCAUGGCAUUUUUCGGUUGACAACACCUGGUGGAAUGUCUGUGAUCAAACAAUGCGAUCAACGCGGGUUUCAUCCACAUAAUCAGCCUCCAGAUGGUGGUCCUAUCUACGAUACCUGUACAGAUGUUUACAUGAACCCAGAUUUAAAAUUUGAUGUCAUUGACCUUAGGUGAUACAACUUGACAACAUACACACUGUUAUUGUCCAUAUUCAUAGACCCUGCUUUUUUCCUAUAUAUAGGUUUUUCCUUUGCUAUUAAAGCGGCCGUGGCUAUAAAGCAUGUCCGGCUGUGUUUGUAUAAAGAAAUCUUGCUCUAUGGAAUGACUGUUCAUUCUUUGGGUUAAUACUACUCACCCUUGUGCUGCAAGCAUGUUCAUUUUACAUUAAUGUCAAAAAGGGUAGCAUUUGGGUGCUUUGAUCGA